CCAGCCAUGGCCGGGCCGGACGUGUGGACACAGGGCCAGUGUCACAUACAGACCACGGGGAGACAUGGCACUAGGGGACACACAGACUUGAUGCCACAAUGUGGGCAGGGCACAGAGCUUGAGGGACUGGGCAGCUGCCGCUUGGUAUUUCUGAACUGGAAUCCUGUGAGACAAGGGUGGUGGCCGCUCUGGAGGUCCCUGGGGAGGUCCCUCACGGCCCCUCUGGGCUUAGUCCGUCUUCCACACUGUUAAGCAGCUUUCCCACCUCAUGGCAGAGGAUAAACACUGUGGUCACAUCCAGGCAGACCCGGCCCAGGCAGGGGACAGUGCCGUCGUAGAAGGCCUUGAGCCCCUCCUUCCUCAGGAUCUGCAGCGGCAGUCCAGUGUGUUCAGCAUUUGCGCUUCUCCAGGCCCCGCAUCUGGGUCUUGAUUCCGUGCAUGGGAGCGUUUCCCAAGACACUGGCUGCGCCCACAGUGGCUCCGAAGGCCCCAGCGACCAGCCAGUUCAUGAGCUUGCCGGGGUUGUCCCCUCGGUACCAGCUGUGCAGGGGGAUCAGGAGAAGAGGCGCAUGGCCUGGUUCCAGCCCUGCUUCAGCGCGGGGGCCAUGAGGCCCCGGUGAGUUUCCCUUGUUUCCGCAAAAUCUCCCUAACCCGGUGGGACACUCCUCUGCACUGGAGGUCUGGGGGGGUCUGGCCGUGGAUGAUCUUCACCUUGAUGGUGUCCAUACGACCACCACGGCCUCCGCCACGCCGGCGCCCCAGCUGCACCGCAGCCUGCGCUGCUGGAAAGCCGUCCCUGGGCUUCCCGCCUCUGGCUGCUGAGGAACUGGGACAUUCGGAACCCAAAGCCGCCUUGGGGAUGGAGCAGCAGAGCAGGGAGCCGAGGCCGCGGUGCCUGCCCGGGACGCCGUGGCCGCGACAGUGUGCACGCGGGAUCCAUGCGCGGUGCCCGGUGUCUGCCAGCGCUCGUCCGGCUGCAGCUACAUCCUCCCGCGCUCCAUGGAGAAGGGACGCCGAUUUCGAUGUGGCGGGCCUGGCCGCCUGCCCAAGGUCGCCUUACUCGUAGCUUCCGCCGGGCCUUCCUGGACGGGGCUGGGCCAUGGCGGGCGGGAGGCGGGCGCCCAGCGUGGUCUGAGGUCCCAGCCUCCUGAAUUCCGCACUGAUUCAGCCUCCUGAAUUCCUUAAUUUGGUUUUAACACAAAUAAAGAUCUCUCUAAAGAUAAAAAGGGAUGCGUUGGCUUCUAAUUUUUGUUAAAAGCAAUAGCAUGUGUUGUAUAAGAUAGUGCAUUGGGGUAAAUGGGUUAUUAUUUUUAUUUUUUUCAUCAGCCCACUGACAUUGAAAGGGGAUAAAUAGUUUUUAGGUUAUCUGUGAGCAAUUUUCCCUCAGAUAGGCCUUAGUGUAGGGGUUUGUGGUCAUGUAGCUGAGAGGGUAGGCAGGGAUUAAAAGUCGUUAUGGCAGUAAUAACCUUCUGAAAACCAGGAAAUUCAAACCCUUCUCAUGGUAGUUUGCUAAUAUCUCCUGGGUUUGCUGUGCCUUCCCUUUGUGCCUCUUCCCACACAUGGUUUCUUGCACUUGGCCCAGCUAUAGUCCACUGUUCUUUUGACUCCAUGCUUCUUAGCUUGGUGGCAGUGGUGAAGGAGUGAGGAGAUCUCUAAUGUCCUGAGGAAGCCUCAGACUUAGCACUGUCAGCUAGGGUGUGGGGUUACUGACAUUUGAAGAGUUUCCUGCCACUCCUGUAGAUGCAAUGCCAGGACAAGAGCACAUUCCUGUCCCUCCUUGUCCAUGGUAGGGGAGAGAUGCUCCUCCAUGUUCUUAACUCCCAGUUGAAGUUGGCCUGCAACAGUGCUCUGCCAAUUAAUAAUUUAUUUUCUUUAUGGGAGAUGCAUCUGUGCAGAAAUGUGGGUGUUGGCCUUGUUUCUCCACCCUCAGUUUCGGGAGUUUUUCCCCAGUGCCUUGUGGCUCAGGUUUGGAUGCACUUUCUCUGCAGAUUAGGCCUUGUGUCAUAUAGGGGAGGAGGGAGGAGCGUGUCUCCAGAGUUGUAGCAGUGGAUGGGAUAGUGGUCCCUCCCUAUCAGCAC